AUGGUUUCACUUCCUUCGAAUAGUUCCUCAUUUCUCUUUUCUCUACCGCAUGAAUUUGUAUUUUUUAGUACUUGUAUUUUGAGGUACACGAACUCUGGGAAAACGAGCUUAGUGAAGUGUCUUACCGGAGCUGCAAGCCUAAAUCCUAAAGAUCGCCUUUUCGCCACACUGGACACUACGAGGCACUCUGCCAGGCUCCCGUCAGGUCGCAAAGUAGUGUUUACGGACACCAUUGGAUUUCUGAGUGAUCUACCUAUUCACCUGUUGGCUGCCUUCCAAGCAACACUCUCCCAUGUGACGUUGGCUGAUGUCAUCAUUCAUAUUCGUGAUCUGUCGAACCCGGACUGGCCCGCGCAAAGCGAAGACGUGGAAUUGACCUUAGGACAGAUUGGUCUGCCUCCGGAUCGCUUAAACGAUGUCAUUGUGGUGGACAAUAAGGUUGUAUUCUACUUCUGCUAG